GCUCCCUGAGGUGGAGAUCAUCAGCCUGUUGGAGGAGAAGCUCCCAGUGUACAAGCUGAGGGCCGACAGCGUGUACGGCUAUGAGCACGACGACUGGUUGCACACUCCUCUCAUCUCUCCGGACACACACAUCGACCUGACCGCUGAGCAGGUCGAGGAGACUCUCAACUACUUCUUGCUAUGUGCUGAACGAGUGGGCCAGAUGACUAAGACCUACAAUGACAUCGAUGCUGUCACGAGACUUCUGGAGGAGAAAGAACGGGACCUGGAACUGGCUGCUCGGAUCGGCCAGUCCCUGCUGAAGAAGAACCAGACUUUAUCCGAGCAGAACGAGUACCUGGAGGAACAAGUGGGGAACAUCAGAGAGGAGGUGGCCCAGCUCCAUCAUGAGCUAAAUCUGAAAGAUGAGCUUUUGCAUUUCUACACCAACACAACAGAGGAGAGCGAGGAGGAUGCCACGCCUCCAUCGGGUCGGCGUGGCAGGACGACGUUGCCUUUCCCGAGUGGCUCCAAUGCGGAUGUGCUUCAGAGGAAACUCAGAGACCUGGAGGAGGAGAACCUUUCUCUCCGAUCAGAGGCGAGCCAUCUGAAGUCCGAGACAGAGACGUAUGAAGAGAAAGAGCAGCAGCUGGUGAACGACUGUGUGAAGGAACUCAGACAGUCCAGUCUGCAGAUCUCCACCAUAGCAGAGGAGCUGAGCAGGAAGACGGAGGAUGCAGCUCGCCAGCAGGAGGAAAUCACACACUUGCUCUCGAAGGUUGUCGACUUGCAGAAAAAGGCCAAAACGUAUGCUCUGGAGAAUGAGGAGCUCUCUCAGCAUCUGGUGGCGGCGAAAGACGCCCAGAGGCAACUCACAGCUGAGCUUCAGGAGCUGGGCGAAAAGUAUUUGGAGUGUAUCGAGAUGCUGCAUGAAGCCCAGGAAGAGCUGAAAAACCUACGGAACAGGAGUGUGUCUGCUGGAACACCGCGGCGUUAUCAUCCUCUUGGACUGUUUCCAAUGGACUCUCUGGCCGCUGAAAUUGAGGGCACGAUGAGGAUGGAGUUGACUCACGAGCACCCUGAACACGAGGAGCAAAAGGUGCGUCACAAGCGUGUGUUUGAGACGGUUAAAAACAUUAACCAAUCAGUCAGGCAACGCUCGCCAGCUCCACCUUCUGCUAAUAUCCCAGGGUCCAAUCAGGUGCUCUUGUCUCCAAGUUCUGCCCUCUCUGACUCCAGCACUGACAACCUGGCUGCCCUUGAUAACCGUGAACAGAGCAUGCUGCUAGAGGCGGAGUCAACAGAUGCCAGUUCAGAGGGCCCUGAGAAGCGUUCCAGCUCGGAAGACCUGAAGCAAGCGUUACGCCGACUCUCACUGCGCCGUCAGAACUGCCUGAGCGAGCGGCGUUUCUUUGAGGAGGCGCGUGAAAGGAGGCACCAUGAUGCUCCACUUCAUGGCAUCGUGUCUGGAGAGAGUAUCAUGUCACUGGGUGUGUGGCCGAGCCGACCUUACCUCCCAGACAAGCUGCAGAUUGUCAAACCGUUGGAAGGCUCCGUCACCUUGCAGCAGUGGCAGCAGUUAGCUCAGCCUAACCUCGGCGGGAUUUUGGACACCCGUCCCGGUGUCGUCCCAAAAGGUUUCCGUCCCCUGGAACUCGAUCUAGAGGAAGUCUAUCACUACAGUGACUUUGAGGAGGACGAGCCAGGAGAGCAGUACUUCCAGAACCUUCCCACCACGACCACUCUGGCCAAUCCUGGCCUUGGCCAUGCCCCCUCAGCCUCUCCGUCCCCCUGCCUCAGCACUGGCCAUGCUUCUGCAGAGUUCUCAGUGCACUACCCAGGUAAGUGCAUGGCCCACACCAGCUCCACCUACACUUUCACAACCUGCAGGAUCCUCCACCCAUCUGACGAGGUCACCAGACUCACUCCCAGUCUCAACCCUGCUCCCACCUCCUCAUGUGUGAUGUCGUCCAGCCUUCGCUCCACCCCCGCGGCCACGCCCUGCACGCCACGUCGCUUAAGCCUGUCCCAGUCCCAGUCCUUCACCAACUUACGUGACUCUACAAAGACCUUCAGUACAUCUUUGGGGUUAGUGCGACUCCUACAGGAGCGUGGGAUCUCUGCAGCGGUCUAUCAGCCGCGGAGCUGGGACAGGGCGAGCGGUGGUGUCCAUUUAUCCACCUCCGUGCUCCCUCCAUCGUCCCCUCUGGACUCUCAGAAACCCUCCACUCCACCAAACUCCCCUGCCCGACACACUCCAAGCCCCCAUGCUGUCGAUCCAGACAACCCUGCUGACUUUUCAUUCAAAAGCCCGUCCUAUGAGAACUUCCUAGCCUCCAAGCCAGCACGGUCCAUUCUGAAAGAAGUCGCGGGGGGGACCCAGGCGAGGGAUUGUGAGAGCCAGACGGAUGUCAGCGUGUACAACCUGAACCUGGUGGAUAAGCUAAAGAGGCUGGGGCUGGCAAGUCCUGGAGCCAGUGGGGUCUCAGGGCCACAUCCCAUCCUGGGCCCUCUGGGUGGCCUGAGGAGGACGGGCUCUCCCUUUACACCCCUAAACGAAGGGUUAAGGCGCAAUCGGAGCUACCCAGCAGUGGUCGGAGCAAGCAUGGCAAUGAAGGGGCCCGGACCCCAAGGAGAUGAGCUGAUCCUCGCUCCGAAACUUCCCAAGCAGACUAGUCUGAAAUAA